AUGAAGCCUGUACUGAAGAGACAUAUUUUCUGGUUGGUCCUCUUCAAGGCCUUUCUAUUAUCAGAAAUGCUGGUGUCAGCUCUGGAUCUGCAGUUACCUGGUAACAAUCAGCCUCGAUGCGCUGGGAUAUCAAGAGGUAAACACUUUGUUCUUGGAUUUAUUGAUAGUUACGAUGACCGCUACCUCGCAUCCAGGGAGCUGUCUAUUUUGGUGGUGGCGUUCAGUAAUCAGCAAACCACAGUCACCAUCAGCAGCAAGCACGAAAUAGCAGGGGAACCAUUCCAGGAGACCUUUGUGAUCGAUGCAGGUGGAUUCAUGCGGACCAACGUACCAGUUGAACUUGUGAUGGUUAAUACUGAGAGAAGCCAAAAGGUGCUGGAAAUUUCAGCAAGCUCUGAUGUUUCUGCUUACGGUCUGAUAUAUCAAGAUUACACCACUGACGGCUUUCUCGGUAUACCAACAAAUAAUCUCGGCACGCAAUACGUCGUGAUAACGUCAAGACCAAUAGUUGACCACAACUCGCAGUUUGCUGUAAUUGGGACAGAGGAUUUCACUUUGGUCCAGGUUAUAUUACGAGGAGCUGUUACUUUCGAAGGGCAAAGCUAUAGUCCAGGUGAUGUGCUGAGAUUUGCUGUCAAUAACUUAGAAGCCGUUCAAAUCCAAGGUCAGAGUUCGGUAGAUUUAACGGGAAGUAUCAUUCAGAGUGACAAACCAGUUGUUGUGUUUAGUGGCAAUGAAUGCACAAGCCACGCUGGUUCAUAUUGUGACACGGUGACUGAACAAUUGGUACCCGUGAAGAGCUGGGGACUGAGACACAUCUACACCGCGGCCCGCAGUGACGAUGACAACAUCUACCGAAUUGUUGCUUAUUUCAACGAAACUAAUCUCACAAUCCCCGGCCUUGAACACCAGUCGUUGGAACCGGGUGAUUUUUGGGAGGGGCGUCUUUCUGGUUCCGGCCUCGUUACGUCAAGCAAACCAGCUCUGAUGAUGCAGCAUUUGGCGUCCAUCAAUGGUAUCACAGUCGACCCCUCCAUCAUUCAGGUUCCUGCAGAAGAACACUUUGGGUUUGUGUUUGGAUUCACGACCCCUCCUCACUCGGGAGAAGAUUCCGGAGGUUACUUUAAUUUCAUCAAUAUCAUUGUGAAACGUGAAUCCCGACACAAUGUGUAUCUUAAUAGUUUACCUAUCAACGGCAGAAAUGUGCUUGUAAGCGAUGUUCCUCACACUAGUUACAUAUCGCUGACUGUUCAACUUCCAAAGGGUGAAGGUGUCUACUACGUCGAACAGAUUGACCCUUAUUCAGCACCCCUCUCCGUCAUUGUCUACGGGUAUGAAGACGACGAAUCCUAUGGCUACGCCGCUGGUCUGUCUCUCCCAAGCAAUAAUCAAGUGCCGAGUUUGAUACCGUACUAUUUGCGAGAACUUGGAGGCGAGCUUUUCACGAUGACUGUUCCCUGCUUGCAAACUAAUGAUAUGUCCUUUCAACUUGCUGCAAAGUGCAAAUUUUCCACUGGAUUUGGAGACGUCAUUGUUUCUGGUGAACGCACCGACUCUUACAAUGUUGUCUGUAUCACUCCCAUCUUUUACAAGAAGGGACUUACAUCUGUCUAUGUAUCACUUGACGAUGGUGAAUCAUUCCCAUACUCCGGCAUUGUGUACAUUGCAUCUGAAGAGGAUCUGCCACCACUCCUUCAAAUCCAACAGGUGAAUUCUGAGUAUGGAGAUGGCAUCAUUGACCUGACCUCAGAUGAUCCGAUCAUGUUCUCCUGGGAUCCUAGAAGUCUUGAUGAAGAAGUUUCACAUGUGACUGUUAUGAUACAAGACACAGAUAACGACAGUGAUGGGAAUCCAGUCCUGAUGGAAGGUGUCGCAGUGAAGAACCAUGCCAUAAAUAACGGUAGUUUGAUGAUACAUCCAAGAGCCCUUCAAUCCCUCACCAGUGAUGGUUUGUCACUCGCAGCAUUUUAUCUUACUCCGUCUGGAUUGAGAAGACGAGGAAAUAUUGGAUGUUUGUUGUGGCGCAUAAGAUAUUAUGGUCCUGCUGUAAUUAUAGUUACUGCGAUCACCUGUGAAAUUUCAAAGUACCAGUUAAAGAAUACUGUGCCUACAGGACUGUCUCCAUGUCCUUGCAACACAAGACAAGUUGAAAGAGACCUGAACUUCCAGGAGGCGAAUUUUGCGAAUUUCUUCUUUCAUCCGGGUGCUGAGAACUGUUAUCGGUCUGUUAAUUCAUUGCCAACUGGAGCAGGUCAACAGUGUUGUUACGGAAGAGACGGUAAUAUCCUGGUAGGUCCCCCAGGGGGAGGAACAGCCGACAGUUAUUGCCCCAGCGACUGGAAUACAGUCUGGCAUCAGUGGUUCGACGUUGUUCCCUGGCUUUGCUUGUGCAAACUCUCCAACAACUGUAAGGAAUACUACAAGUACAGACCAUCCGAUGAUUGUUCUAAUUACGAACCACCUCGCCCGGCUGGGGGCACUGGGGAUCCCCAUGUGACAAGUUUCGAUGGCUACAAGUUCACCUUCAACGGAGCCGGGGAAUUUCUGAUGGCGUCAUCUGCAGUAAAAAACUUAACCUUUCAAGCCCGUAUGGAGAGGUACCGCAACACCAACGCAUCUGUGUACACGGCAUUUGUUUUUCAAACCAACGAUUCAUCCAAAGUCCAGGUGCAGAUGUCGAACAUCCACGAGACACUGAUUCUUGUAGACGGUGAACCAUUGCGUCUUGACUCUCUCCCGGUCAAAGUUCAUCACCUCAGAGGUGUUCGAAUCCGCUUCAACUCUAACAUGAACAAAAUCAACGUAGCAUUCAAUUCUGGUAUCGCUGUAACCGUGUACAUUGAUACCGAGAUGAUGUCGUUCAUCGCUCAACUGGACACUAAGUUCCAGGGUCAAAUUCAAGGACUUCUUGGAAACCUGAACGGAAACCCAGAUGACGACCUUCAGUUCCCAAACGGAACCAUUCUUGAGCCUGGUUCUUCGCUGAAAGAAAUUCAUGAGUUUGGUUUGGAGUGGUUGGUGGCUCCAGAGGAGUCAAUAUUCACCUACAUCUCCCCAUUUGACUACAACACCUACUACCUUCCUGAGUUUUCCCCGACCUUCGAGGUUCCUGAUCUUAAUUUAGUGAGUCAGGAAAUCAAGGAUCUGUGUGGCGAUUCCAUUGAGUGUGUCUUUGAUGCGGUAAUCACCGGCAGCCUGUCUUUUGCUAACGAGACUCUUGUGGUAACAGUCACAAUAACUGAAGUCCAGAAAGGAUUGGUCAAGAUUGUCAGUUGUGGCUACCCGGGUGAUGUGGAGAACGGAUUGCUGUCAGGGUCUGUGUAUUUCGUGAAUGCCACUGUGGAUGUGGCUUGUGAUGAUGGCUUCACCUUGAAAGGGACAUCAAAAUUGACCUGUCUUGAAGAUGGUCAGUGGUCGUCUGAUCUCCCUGUUUGUGCUGUUAACUGUGGCUACCCGGGUGAUGUGGAGAACGGGUUGCUGUUAGGGUCUGUGUAUCUCGUGAAUGCCACUGUGGAUGUGGCUUGUGAUGAUGGCUUCACCUUGAAAGGGUCUUCCAGAUUGAUCUGUCUUGAAGAUGGUCAGUGGUCGUCUGAUCUCCCUGUUUGUGCUGUAGACUGUGGCUACCCGGGUGAUGUGAAGAACGGAUUGCUGUCUGGGUCUGUGUAUCUCGUGAAUGCCACUGUGGAUGUGGCUUGUGAUGAUGGCUUCAUCUUGAAAGGGUCUUCCAGAUUGAGCUGUCUUGAGGAUGGUCAGUGGUCGUCUGGUCUCCCUGUUUGUGCUGUCGACUGUGGCUACCCGGGUGAUGUGGAGAACGGAUUGCUGUCAGGGUCUGUGUAUCUCGUGAAUGCCACAGUGGAUGUGGCUUGUGAUGAUGGCUUCACCUUGAAAGGGUCUUCCAGAUUGACCUGUCUCGAGGAUGGUCAGUGGUCGUCUGAUCUCCCUGUUUGUGCUGUCGACUGUGGCUACCCGGGUGAUGUGGAGAACGGAUUGCUGUCAGGGUCUGUGUAUCUCGUGAAUGCCACUGUGGAUGUGGCUUGUGAUGAUGGCUUCACCUUGAAAGGGUCUUCAAGAUUGACCUGUCUUGAGGAUGGUCAGUGGUCGUCUGGUCUCCCUGUUUGUGCUGUCGACUGUGGCUACCCGGGUGAUGUGAAGAACGGGUUGCUGUCAGGGUCUGUGUAUCUCGUAAACUACACAGUGGCUGUAACUUGUGAUGAUGGCUUCAUCUUGAAAGGGUUUUCCAGAUUGACCUGUCUUGAGGAUGGUCAGUGGUCGUCUGACCUCCCCAUUUGUGUUGUCAACUGUGGCUACCCGGGUGAUGUGGAGAACGGAUUGCUGUCAGGGUCUGUGUAUCUCGUGAAUGCCACUGUGGAUGUGGCUUGUGAUGAUGGCUUCACAUUGAAAGGGUCUCCCAAACUGACCUGUCUUGAGGAUGGUCAGUGGUCGUCUGGUCUCCCUGUUUGUGCUGUCAAGAUUGUCAACUGUGGCUACCCGGGUGAUGUGGCGAAUGGGUCGGUUUCUGGGUCAGUGCAUUUUGUGAAUGCCACCGUGGAUGUGGCUUGUGAUGAUGGCUUCACCUUGAAUGGGUCUGCCAGGUUGACCUGUCUUGAGGAUGGCCAUGACGAUGCAAGAAGCUAA